AUGUAUAGAAACUUUACAAACCCGAGCGGUAAGCCCAAACUGGGCGAUAAAUGUUACGCCGAUGCCUACACUGUCAUCUGCGUUCUAAAUAUCGUGUGUUCGUUGACAGCAUCUUUGGGGAAUUUCUUAGUUCUCGGUGCAGUUUGGAAGACACGAAUCUUACACAAGCCGACGAAUUUGCUCGUCUCUGGACUCGCUGUGUCUGACUUGGGAGUCGGAGUUCUAAUUCAGCCAUUAUUCACUUUGUUUUUGAUUUUGGAAAUGAGAUCAGAGGGAUCUAUUCGAGAUACGUGGAAGAUCUUUAGAUCCAUACAAGCCGUUUUUCAGUCGGCGACUGUUCUGAUUCUAACUUCGAUCAGCGUAGACAGAUUUCUCGCCCUUCAGCUGCAUUUAAAGUACGUUUCCAUGGUUACAAUUAACAAGACAGCCACCUUACUGUGUUUUAUAUGGGUUACAAGCGCUUUCUGUGCGAUGACGGUUUUCAUCGACAAUAACUUAUAUCGUAACUUUAUAAUCACGCUUAUACUGUUGUAUCUCGUGAUAAAUUCUUCCAUGCACUUCAUGAUCUAUCGCAUUUGUCACCGUCACCGAGUUCAGAUUCAAGUUCAAAUACGAGCACAAAACGGGCUAGAAACUCUUAAUAUCAAACGCUACAGGAAAUCUCUGAUCACCAUGAUUUUCUUGUUUAUUUUACUCAUGGCGUGUUAUUUUCCUUAUAUUUGUAUGCGUACUGCUGUGAACUUCAUCCAUUGGUCCUCACCGUUCAAGAGGUUUGUGAUGAGGUGUACGCUCUUUUUGGUUUACUUGAAUUCUUCGCUAAAUCCGCUGGUGUAUUGCUGGCGCAUGAGAGAGAUGCGUUCUGCUGUGAAGCAGUUUUGGAAAUCUCUUCACCCGUGA